AUGUCGACCUACGCCUUUGCUGCUCCAGCUCCGGCCAUUCAGCUUACCACAAAGGUGUUCCUGAUGUACUCCCAUAAGGAUACCCAAAAAGGUCUUUCAUAUUCUGUUUUGGCAAUCGAAGAUGCAAAUCUCAAAUACGAGGAGGCAGAAGAAGAAGCGCUUAUGUUUCAGCACGUUGCUGUUAGUGAAGAUAGCAGGCAGUUUGAACAGAGAAUCAGACCUUAUGUAGAUCAGGUUCUUCUGUAUGAAAACUCACGUCGCCAAGACACUGCGAGGAAGACAGUUCCUGUGGAGAAGCUUGAGGAGAAAGCAUUAGUUGCUUUAGCUAAGGAGGGGAACUUCAAGCCAUGUCUUUUUCUGACCACAGGAAGAGGAGUAGUGGAAUUGAUAAAUUGUAGUACCAGAGGAUUCAUUGUUUCUUUUGGGUGUUUUAUAGGGUUUUUGCCGUAUCGAAAUCUUGCCACUAAGUGGAAGUUUUUAGCUUUUGAGUCUUGGUUGAGGAGAAAAGGCUUCGAUCCUUCAACAUACAACAAGAGUUUGGACAUUAUUGGAGGCUAUGAUGAUACAGACAAGACAGAAACUCCUAAUUGA